CUUCCGGUUGACUUUUAUCUAGUCUUCUUCAUCUGCCUCCGAGAAUGCCUCGAAACAAGUAUCAUUGUGUCGGUGCUACUCACGUUCUUGAAGCAGUCGCUUGGGGCAGAGGAAGAUCGUGAGGCAUAUCGGAAGCUGGUCAAGCAGGUUUGGCUUGGGGUGGCUCUUGGUGUUAUUGUCUCUGUUUGCAUCGGAGCUGGCUUUAUCGGAGCGUUCUACGGCCUGGGAAAGGAUAAAUUCUCCAGCUCAUCAGAUAUCUGGGAAGGUGUCUUCUCGCUGGUUGCCAGUGUUAUUAUCACCGUUAUGGGAGCUGCCCUUCUACGGGUCAACAAACUUCAAGACAAAUGGCGAAUCAAAUUAUCCCAGGUUUUGACGAAAAGAAAUGGCGAGAACGAAACACGAAGAGCCCGGGUCAAGCUUUGGAUGGAAAAGUAUUCGAUUUUCAUGCUUCCUUUUGUGACUGUUCUGCGUGAAGGUCUCGAGGCCGUAGUAUUCAUCGGUGGUGUGAGUCUGAGUUUCCCUGCACAAUCUUUCCCGCUGGCAGUCAUUACGGGUCUGUUGGCUGGUGCUGUCAUUGGAUAUAUCCUGUACCGUGGCGGAAAUCAAGCCUCACUACAGGUCUUCCUAAUUGUUUCGACGUGCUUCCUCUAUCUUGUCGCUGCUGGUCUAUUCUCGAAGGGAGUCUGGUUUCUUGAAGCUCAUGCUUGGAACGAUAAGGCGGGAAGCGGCGCUACCGAGAAUGGCUCUGGUGCUGGCUCAUAUAAUAUCCAGCAAAGUGUCUGGCAUGUCAACUGCUGCAAUCCACUCACCAACGGAGGAGGCGGCUGGGGCAUCUUUAGUGGAAUCCUCGGCUGGCAAAACUCUGCCACAUAUGGCUCGGUCAUCUCGUACAACAUCUAUUGGAUCGCAGUCUCCGUCUGGUUCAUUGGGCUCCGACAUCAGGAGCGCCAUGGAAAAUUCAAACUGAUUGAUCGGUGCCUUGGGCGAUGGAGAAGUCAAGAAACCGAGUGGCAAGAGCAGGCUGUCUUUACCAACCCUGAAGUGGUGACUGCUAGUGGCGCCAAAACGUCUGGUCCUUAG